AAUGAAUGAGAACUUGAAAAUAGCGGUUAUAGGAGCUGGGCCUGCAGGUCUCGUAGCACUCAAAUAUGCGUUACAAAAUGGUUACCAAUGCGAAGUGUUUGAACAAACAGACUCUUUGGGUGGGAACUGGGUCUACAAGGACGAGGUGGACAUUGAUAAAAGUGGAAUAAAGGUACAUUCGUCAUUGUACAAGGAUCUAAUUAUCAACGUUCCCAAGGAACUGAUGACGUAUCCCGACUUUAAUUACCCUAGCGAUUUAAGGGCGUCCUACAUUGGUCACCGUGAGGUUCUCUCCUACCUUUGCGCGUAUGCAGAAGAAUUCAAUUUAAAAAAUCAUAUCCAGUACUGUCAAUGUGUCGUUAACGUAGCACCUAUUGAAGCAAAAUGGAUGGUCACCGUGCAAGAUGUAAGACACGCAAAUGAAAAAUCCAAGGAAUUUGACGCCGUGUUUGUUUGUAAUGGCAGAUUUAAAAGUCCAGUUCUACCAACCAUUAAUGGACAACAAUUGUUUGAAGGCAACCAAAUACACAGUGGCAGUUUUAGGGUACCCGACUCGUAUGAGAAUCAAAAGGUUUUAGUGGUAGGAGGUGGUCACUCGGCUACUGAAAUAACCGAAAUCAUCUCUAAAGUCGCACAACAUGUCUACAUUAGCUAUCGAAACCCCUUGGAGAAGAGCUUCGCAUCGAAUGUGACCCGAAAACCAGAAGUUGCACUGUUUACCACGAAUGAAGCAAUUUUUAUUGAUGGCACAAAGGAAGACAUUCAUCAAGUGAUUUAUUGCACGGGUUAUACAUACUCGGGAUCAUUUCUUAGUAGUGAAUGUGGAUUGGUGAUCCAAAACAGAGGGGUUGCGCCACUCUUCAAACAAAUCGUCAACAUUAAUUACCCCACAAUGUUUUUUAUUGGAAUGCCUUACGAAGGGUCGGGAAAUGUGCUUUUUGAUCUGCAAGUACGCUUUGCCAUGAGUAUCUUACGGAAAACGUUUGUAUUGCCCACAAAGCAAGAAAUGUUGGAGGAGUGGGAGGACUUUUUGCGCAUGAAAGAUGGACUAAAUAUAUCUAGAGAGCACAUACAUCGGUUCGGUAACCCACAAAACGUCGAAAACUAUUCGACAGAACUUGCGAAGACGGCUAAUAUAAAGUCAAUACCUCCAUUUUACUUUAAGUUAUAUAAAAAAGUUUGGAAGAGGAAAAGAUCUGAGCGAUCGUAUAGGAUUGUUGAUGAGGAAACAUUUGAGGAAAUACAAAUUUAACCGUUUGUCUUGUGACACACUCGUAUCUUGACGAAAGUGGACCUCGUCCUUUGCUUAGCAGACUUUUCACUUAAUACUGAUUCCAAAGUUCUGGAUUUUGAUUUAAGUAAAUAAAUGAAUAUGAUUGUUGCAAUACGUUCAACCGAUUUAAAUACAACACG